GCUUGCGGCUUCUGUAGGGAAGGCGGUUUUCUCUUGUGCAAUCACGGGCUGGCAGCGGUCGCCAGCCAGGGGAGAGCUUGGCUGCCCCUGGUCGAGAAUUAAAACUCUUCUGUGUCGUGAAAUGUUUUGAUUUUUGCGUCAAGCGCUCUGCACCUGCGGAGAAUUUUCAGCAUUUGCGCUUUUUAUUGGCGUAUCUUUGAGAUCAGAACCAAAUUUUAUGUUUAAUUAUUAAUUUCUGAAUAUUUCCAAUCCAGCUCUCAGAGGACAUGCUCCGAGGGGUGGCAGAGCGCUGCCGAACGAGCCUUUAACCUGGAGCCUAUAAAUUGCUGAAGCAGCAACCAGUAAAACAGUUGUGGCUAAUUGUCGCCUGACACUGUUCCCUCUGCGCUGCUUCUUCGGGAGCCGGCGGGGCACGUUAAAUGCAGCUUUGUAGCUCUCUGCUGCUGCUACCACAAACCCCUGGUGACAGAGUGAAGUGCGCCAGGACGCGUUCCUCCCCAUCCUCGGCGAGACGGGGCUGGGAGCUGCUCUCGGCAUUUUGCGGCCGCAGGUUGUGAACGACGCCUGGAGCCCGGGACAGCCUGAGUGGGUGGUUUAUCAUGCGAGGAUGUGCCUGCACCCUUGCUGACCUGCCCGCUGUCCCCGCUGCCUGUCCUGCCCAGCGCCAUGGGAGGAUGCUUCUCGAAGCCCAAACCAGUUGAAGUGAAAAUUGAAGUUGUGAUACCUGAGAAGGAGAGAAGCAAGGAGGAGAUGUCGCCCAAUGGGAAAGCCAGCCCCCUGAUCUACAAAGUCAACGGGACUGCCCGACAUUAUCAUCUUGAGGAGCAUCCCAUUGCCAGCAAUCCCUACCACAACCCAAAGGAUGUGGUGGAAGCGUCCGUGUGUCAUGUGAAGGACCUUGAGAAUGGACAGAUGCGGGAAGUGGACCUGGGCUGCGGGAAGGCUCUGCUCAUCAAGGAAAGUGGCGAAUUCCACGCUGUGGGACACAAGUGUCCCCACUAUGGGGCUCCGCUGGUCAAAGGGGUUUUGUCCAAAGGAAGAGUCCGCUGUCCCUGGCAUGGAGCUUGCUUCAACAUCGGCACAGGUGACAUAGAGGACUUUCCUGGCUUGGACAGCUUACCCAGGUUCCAGGUGAAGAUCGAGAAGGAGAAGGUGUACAUCCGAGCCAGCAAGCAGGCUCUUCAGACACAAAGGAGGACAAAGAUGAUGGCAAAGUGCAUCUCCUUGAGCAACUACAACCUGAGCAGUACCAAUGUGCUGAUCAUCGGUGCAGGGGCAGCUGGACUGGUCUGUGCAGAGACCUUGCGCCAGGAGGGUUUCUCAGACAGGAUUGUGAUGUGCACGAUGGACAGACACUUGCCCUACGACAGACCAAAGCUCAGUAAGUCGAUGGAUUCCCACCCAGAGCAGAUUGCCCUACGCCCCAAGGAGUUCUUCCGCACCCAUGACAUUGAAGUCCUGACCGAAAUGCAGGUUGCGGCCGUGGAUAUAAAGAACAAGACAGCCGUGUUUAAGGAUGGAUUUAAGAUGGAAUACAACAAGCUGCUGAUAGCGACUGGAAACACGCCCAAAGCUCUCAGCUGCAAAGGCAAGGAGGUGGAAAAUGUUUUCAACAUCCGGACGCCUGAAGAUGCCAACCGUGUCGUGAAGCUGGCCACGAGCAAGAAUGUGGUUAUCGUGGGUGCAUCCUUCCUGGGGAUGGAGGUGGCCGCCUACCUCGCGGAGAGGGCCCACUCUGUGUCCCUGGUGGAGCUGGAGGAAGUCCCCUUCAAGAAGUUCCUUGGGGAGAAGGUUGGCCGUGCUGUCAUGAAGAUGUUUGAGAGCAACAGGGUGAAGUUCUACAUGCAGACAGAGGUGUCGGAGCUGCGGGAGCAGGAGGGCAAGCUGAAGGAGGUUGUGCUGAAGAGCGGGAAGGUCCUGCGUGCCGAUGUGUGUGUCGUUGGUGUUGGCGCAGUCCCAGCAACGGGCUUUCUCAAGCAGAGUGGCAUCAAUAUCGACUCCAAAGGCUUCAUUGUGGUAAACAAGAUGAUGCAAACCAACAUCCCUGGAGUCUUUGCAGCUGGUGAUGCUGUCACGUUCCCGCUGGCCUUGAGGAAUAAUAAGAAGGUGAACGUCCCUCACUGGCAGAUGGCCCAUAUGCAUGGCCGAAUAGCCGCGCUGAACAUGCUGGCCCACGGCAUGGAGAUCAGCACGGUCCCCUAUUUGUGGACUGCUAUGUUUGGGAAGAGCAUCCGAUAUGCAGGCCAUGGGGAAGGAUUUGAUGAUGUUGUCAUUCAGGGAGAUUUAGAUGAGCUGAAGUUUGUGGCAUUCUAUACCAAGAGGAGCUCCUGGAGAUGGCUUCUGGGUACCAGGAUGGCAUCCUGCGCUGAGAGCCGGAGGAGCGACGAGGUGAUGGCCGUAGCCAGCAUGAACUAUGACCCUAUCGUGUCCAAGGUGGCUGAGGUCCUGGCUGCCGGCAGGACCAUCCGAAAGCGUGAUGUGGAGCUGUUUGUCCAUCAUGGCAAGACUGGAGAUAUGUCCUGGCUAACUGGGAAAGGCUCCUAACGCUGCUGGCAGCUGCGCCCUCCUGAUGCUGCACUUGCCGUGGGGAGACGGGAUGGCAGCUCCACGGACAAGGGGGAAUGCCACAGCUGAGUCAUUUCCCUUUGAGACUUGGAUGCACCCAGCGCCUGUCACUGCGCACUUACCUUCCCAGCAGACCACCACCAGCUCCUCUGCCCCAGUGCCUACCAGGCUGGGGCUCUGCUGUUUCAAUUCCCAUGGAACACUGGAAAAGCAGCCCCCAGAGCGCAGGGUUUGGCACUGCCAUGGGCGCUGUGUGGCUGAGGAUGCUGCCAACGGGCCAGGGGGUCCCCAGGCAGGUCUGCCCCAAGCACAUCCCUCACCCCUGUAAACAGUGCGAGUGCCUUUUAUUGCUCCCUGUGCUUUCAGGCAUGUUGCCCCUUCCCAAAACCUCUUUGCUCCAGCAGCGCUCUGAUGCGCUUUCCCGCAGAGCCUGACAUCUGCUCCCUUGCCACAUGACUGCAGCGCUUGCCACAGCUCUCCCCAUGCCCACCCACCCUGCGGAGCUGCUGGGUGGUGCAAGCACCUCUUGUGUGGAGGCUUCCCACUUGCAUCCAGCUCACCUGUAUUUAUUUCCAGACUUCCUGAUCUGUGCUGUGUAGAAACAUCACCAGUCAU